UGCAUGAGCCUCGAGGCCUCUGUUUGUUCUGAAGCAUUAAAUUACACCUCAGCUUCACACUUUGACAAUGAGCCAAUAACUCGGGGAAAAAAGAUCCGACUCUGGAUGCCGAGGUCUGCCCCGCAGAAAGUGGUGGCCAUGAGAUCCUGAGCCAGCGGCUGCAACGUCUCACCAACCAUGCCCUGGACAAGGCGGCAUUCACACGUGGUGCCGCCCGAGGGAAGUCGCAGCCACUUGUGCCUCCGUAGAUUUGCCUCUUAUGCCCACGACUGAGCCUCGCAGGAUUUCAUUCGAAGGUCUAGACUCAUGGAGAAGUACGAGAAGAUCGGUAAAAUAGGAGAAGGUUCCUAUGGAGUCGUCUUUAAAUGCAGGAAUAGGGACACCGGGCAGAUCGUGGCAAUAAAGAAGUUCUUAGAGUCAGAAGAUGACCCAGUGAUUAAGAAAAUCGCCUUACGGGAGAUCCGCAUGCUUAAGCAAUUAAAGCACCCCAACCUCGUCAACCUCCUGGAGGUUUUUAGGCGGAAGAGGAAAUUACAUUUAGUCUUUGAAUAUUGUGACCACACCGUCCUCCAUGAACUGGAUCGACAUCCACGAGGGGUCCCCGAACACCUUGUUAAAAGCAUCACCUGGCAGACGCUGCAAGCCGUCAAUUUCUGCCACAAGCACAACUGUAUUCACCGGGACGUCAAGCCGGAGAACAUCCUCAUCACCAAGCACUCCGUCAUCAAGCUCUGCGACUUUGGAUUUGCCAGAAUACUGACUGGGCCCUCCGACUACUACACAGACUACGUGGCUACCCGGUGGUACCGUGCCCCCGAGCUUCUGGUAGGAGACACGCAGUACGGGCCCCCCGUGGACGUCUGGGCCAUUGGCUGUGUCUUUGCUGAGCUUCUAUCUGGAAUUCCUCUUUGGCCUGGCAAGUCUGACGUGGAUCAGCUGUACCUGAUUAGGAAAUGUUUAGGUGAUCUGAUCCCUCGACAUCAACAGGUUUUCAGUACAAACCAGUUCUUCAGUGGAGUCAGCAUACCGGACCCCGAAAACACGGAGCCCCUGGAACACAGAUUUCCAAAUAUCUCCUCUCAGGCCUUCGGACUAAUGAAGGGCUGCCUGCACAUGGACCCCUCCGAGAGACUGACGUGCCAGCAGCUUCUGGAGCACCCCUACUUUGACAGCAUCCGUGAAGAGGCAGAUGCUGCAAAAGAUCCAGAGAAAGUCAGCAGAAAGCAGACCAGAUUAAACAGAAAGUACUUCCCCGGGCUCCAGCACCUGCCGCAGCUCACCAACAGCAACCUCUUACCAGCCCUGGAGAGCAAGAAAUAUUACAACACCCGAAAAUUCAACUACCGCUUCCCCAACAUCUAAGCGGCAGAAAGAGACUGGUUAAAUAUUUAUUGCUCCUGGAACAGAACGUCAGGAAUUUGUGGGGGUAAAUGAGAGGCGGCACGUAUUCCGGUAAACAGCAGGCAUGGCCUUUGAAAGUCAUUUAUAGGAUCCGGCCGUUUAAAUGCUAAUAAACUGCACGCUGAGGCCGAGGGCAGGUGUGAUUGUAUCUCCCACUAUGGCGCUGCGAGCAAUUCACUGCAAGCUGCUGCUCCAUAUUCCAUUACCCAUAUAGCAUCACAUACCAAUAUCACGUGCAUUACCUGGCAGCCAUGUCUCCAGCCGCAGCAGUGUGCAGGCCGCAAGCAGCGAACCAGCAUCCCUAGAGUCCUAUGGGGGUCCAGACUACCAUCCUCAUGCCCGCUCAGCUCUGCCCACUCAUCGCCAGUUUCAUUCUCUUAUUACGAGUAGGCUGCACUGGGCACAGAUGCCUUAAAUGAUUAUAAUAAUCUACAUUUUUUUUACAUUUACAGCGCUUUCAGAAGUGCCAUUUUCUGAGCGUUCUGGCCGCUAGCACAUUUCAAGCUGAUAAAUGUCCGACAAAAGCCAGAGGGACCGGCCGACCGUCUAAUGUGUAUCCGGAUUUCAAAUUACCGGAUCCUGAGCGGUGUCUGUUAGUGGAUUUCUCCCCGCUCGCCAUUCGCAACACAUAAGGGCACAUUUGCUAAAAGCGGCUUUUUACGCCGGUCUUAGUUUCCCCUUUCGUGCUGCCGUUUGAUUCGUCUAAUUUAUGACGCAUCUGAGGAAGUCCUUUCGUCUGGCAUGAAAACUGCGUCAGCCCCUUGCCUGAGUAGUUUUUCACUAAUAUUUACUCUUGUUUUGAGGCGUAAUUGUUACUAAAUCUGCCAGGGUCACGCCACGGCCUCACCGAACUGGCGGACAUGGCGUAAAACCGGGCGCGCGACUAAAUAUUGUCACGUGGCAAGGUAGAAAAGGGGACUUGCGACUGUUUGACGCCUAAAAUAGUCAAGUCCCUUUAGGGGAUCUGUGCGCCAUAACAUGAAAUCUCUCCACUCCAGCAAGGAUCUGACGUAGACUUCUGGCAUAACGUACAACAGUUCUCCAGCACACUCAUAGGUGUGUUUUUAAAAAUUGGCGAGGGUGUUGCGAAUUUAAGGAUUUUGUACAUUCCCCCACCCCAGUGUUGUAGUGAAGUGGGUAUUAAAAAAAUGCCAUUACACAAUGUGGGUCGUGCUAUAGAAUACCCCCAUCUUUCAGGGCUUUAUCUACGACAUUCAGAGAUCUUCAUAGAAAAAUUCGGAGAAUUUUUUUCUCCCACAGAUGCAGUCCUAUAGGAACACGAUCCUAUAACUUCUACUGAUAAAAAAAUAUAAUAAUAAUCUUGGUUGUGGCAACUCUGAAUGUGGCACAUCACAACAUAAUGGAAGUGAAUGUGGUGACCUUCAAGUUUUCUGGACCACGACGCACAAGUUGUCAGAAAUCGAAACCUGCAAGUUGCCUAAAGAGGAGCCGUCACCGCUCCUGGCGCGUCUGCCGUCACCGCUCCUGGCGCGUCUGCCGUAGUAAAUUCUUGUAAUCACCAUGAAAUAUCAAUUCUGGAGCAACUUUUCUCAUAAAUGCUUUGUGCCGUUCCUUUGUUAUUCCUCCUGAAUAUGUAUGAAUAAAUUCUGGGCAUCACUGUGUCAGGGUGUGUCCCUACAAAGUCAGCACUGAUUGGACUCUGAACGUCUGCAGGCCACACCCCCAGCUGGUGACAACCAUUAGUUAAUUUAUUUAUACAUUUGUAGGAGGAAUAAUAGAGGAACAGCACAAUGUACAGUUUUAAGAAAAGAUCACAAAUGUCAAGUAAGGACUUAUUCACAUGUCAGCAAAUUACAGAUGUUUGCUGUCCGUGUUCUCCUUGGAUAGCACACGUAUCCAUUGAUUUUAAUGUUGGCUUGUCUCAUUAGUAAGAGUUCAUCACCUGUGACCUAGAAAUGUAUUUGCGCAUGCGCAGUCGCUGCUUCUUAAGCUGAAUUUGGAGCAGCGCUGCAGGAUCCAGAUUGUCACGGGUAGGCUACAUGUUCGGCCCUGUCAAUUAACAGGCAGGUGUGCGCUUCUUCACCCAUGGGGACAGCCUCUCACAGCUGAAGAGAUCGUGCUAAUGAGACAAAUAGAUUCGCUCCUCAUCCCUAGCUUAUUAACGCUUCCAUGUUUUCCCACUGACCGUGGCUCAGGAGCGCUCUGGAAACGCUCUUUUCAGCCGAGCAGUGCACAUGCAAAAAUCGGAUGCUUCAUGGAUCAAGCACUGGCUGUCUUUUCACAGACGGGGUUACGGGAGCGGACGUGUGAAUAAGGCCCUACAGACACCGCCAGAGAGCUGACGAGUUCGCCUAAUGGUGGUUGUACUAGUUUUCUGCGGUAUUGAGAUGAGGGUCUUGAAUCGGCUUGUACAGAUGACGCAUGGAUUCAGUCGGCUUCACCCGUACAAGCCACAAGGCCAAAAACCACAUUGAGCAAUUAUGGCAAUUUGUGGUAGUGGUGCGUGCAAAUUUGCAUCCCGUUUCUCGGCCGUGCACCGCACCACUGCUCUGUGUACGGGCUUCCUAAACAAACAUCCACCCCGUGUGAGAUGAUUGCAACGCUUCUGGCUCUGGGACCCCCUGCCAGCUGCUAUGUUGUCUUAUUACGGGCUGAUAGAGAAUAAAUGUACUAGAACGUGACCCCGAUCAAAUGGACGGGCAGCUGUGCAGCGGGUAACAUGGUACUAUAGGGAUGAAGCUGUGCCAGGCCAGCAUGCAUCGUAAUGGCAGCACCAGGGGCUGUAAUCUCCAGAUCUACUUACCCGGCCCAACUAGUUACAUAAAGUCCGCUUCCAAAUGGCAAAACUAAGGACGGCCUUAGACAACGCACUCUCCAGCGUCUAAGUCGUAAUAAGCUGAUUAUAGAGGUCGUCAGUGAUAAUCGCAUGCGUCGCCAUCCUGCGCUCGUUCACACAGAUGCUUCUAUAUCCCCAUGCAGGAUUGGGCAUGUUGUAUUUUUUUUUUGCACAAUGACCUUAGAAAGCGGUGCCGAGGCUUCCUGCCACAAUCGCCCUUCUUCCUGAUUAGCAAGCAAGGGGUUAAUUGAGAAGUCCUGAUGGUGAGAUAAGACGUAGUGAACGUCUGCCCUGCCAGCGUCCUGAGAAGCCGGAUUACUCCGCCAUGUUCUGACCUUCAUUCGUUGGGCAUUAAGUUAUCCAGAGGCGAUUUUCAUCAUUCAUUAAACCGCUGCUGGAAUCGCAUUUCACCGCGUUACAAAUUAAGCGUAAAACAAAACAAUUGGACGCUCUUGGGGCUGUAUAGUAAAAAUGACGACGGUCCACACAUUGGGGACGAGACACAGAUAUACAAUGUAUGUAAAUGUCAUGAACUCUGUACACAAUAUAUAUAUUUUUACUGGAUAUUUCUGUGUUAAUAAAAAGGUGUAUUUGAGCCGUA